AUGUCAAUGUCAUCGAAACGCCUUCCCAUGAGCAUGAAGAAAAGUUAUUGAAUAUUUUGUUGGUUUGUGAAUCAAAAAUUCUGAUUUGAUUAAUUGGGAAGGCUAUAUUUUUCAAUUUCUUAACAAAAAUGUCCAGCAAUAUGAACCCUUUGGCUGGAACCGCCCAUUUACUGGACGAAUUAGACAAGAAACUUAUGGUGCUGCUGCGAGAUGGGAGGACAUUGAUCGGGUACCUCCGCUGCGUCGAUCAGUUUGCAAAUUUAGUUCUGCACAAGACGAUAGAACGGAUUCACGUUGGAAGAGAGUACGGCGAUAUUCCAAGAGGUAUAUUCAUCGUUAGAGGAGAGAAUGUCGUACUCCUUGGUGAAAUUGAUAAAGACAAGGAGGAUAAUCUGCCGCUGACAGAAGUCUCCGUGGAUGAUAUUCUAGAUGCUCAAAGACGAGAACAAGACGCCAAGAUAGAACAACAGAAGUUACUAUCAAAGGCUCUGAAAGAGAGGGGCCUCAAUUUACUAGCUGAAAUGGGACACGAUGAUAUGUUUUAAAUGUUUCCCAUUUAUAUCUCUAUGCUUAAGACUGUAAUUAUGUUAUAAACUCUAUCUGUGACAUUCA